AUGGACUUAUCUACAUUUGGUGAUGAUCUGGAUGAUGAUGUUGCAGCCCAGUAUGUUAUACAUCAAAGUCUUCAAGAAGCCUUCAAAAAGGAUUCUGUUGUGGAGACCAUAGAGAACAGCAGCACCUUUUCCAUGAGUUCAGAACAUAACAAGAUUGUGGCUGCCAUACAAGUCGGUGAUGAGAAGACUUUAACAAAACUGAGUGACAACCACUCUGCCUUCCAGGAGACAGAUGAACGAGGAUGGACUCCACUUCAUGAGGCUUCAGCUCAGAAAGAUAAGACUAUUUUAGAAAUAACAUUAAAAUCUUCUAGUUACGAUAUUUGGGAGCAGGAAACCUUAAAAGGUGAAACCCCACUGUUUCUGGCUGUGGACAACUGUAGACUAGACAACAUCACCUUCCUGCUAUCCAAUGGCUGUGACCCUGAUGCUAAAAAUGUUACAGAGGAUUCACCCCUUGUUAUAGCGAUACGUCAUGGGUCUUAUGAUAUUGCAUCUUUGUUGUUGCGUCACAAUGCGAGUGUAAACUUACCAUGUGCUGAUAACAGAACUGCUCUCCAUGAGGCGGCAAAACUGGGCCGCAAGGACAUAACGCGGCUUUUGCUCCAGUCUGGAGCUGACCCAGACUGGGCCAGUAACUUUGGGCUUACACCACUGGCCUUGGCUGCACAGCAUGGACAUACAGAUGUCAUGGAACUCCUCAUUCAGAAAGGAGCCAGUGUCAUGGCCCAGGCUUCUGAUUCUGCAUCGAUCCUCUUUGAAGCUGCUGCUGCUGGUAAUCCUGAUGCUGUGUCACUACUCUUGGAAUUCGGAGCCAACGCCAAUGUACCAAAGCACUCCGGACACUUACCUAUACACAGGGCAGCAUACAGAGGACAUCUCUUAGCUCUGCGGUUGCUGAUCCCAGUUACAGACAUGACUGCAAUAAAAAGAAGUGGCAUAAGCCCCGUUCAUUCAGCAGCAGCCGGAGGACACCCUGAGUGCCUAAAGCUUCUCCUCAGAUCUGGAUUUGAUGUAAAUUUCAUGCUGGCCCAGAGAGUCCGCAAGGGCUAUGACGAUGAGAGAAAGUCUGCUCUGUACUUUGCUGUUUCAAACAGUGAUAUUUCCUCAGCUAUGCUUCUCCUUGAUGCUGGGGCUCUUCCAAACCAAGACCCUGUUAACUGCCUUCAAGUGGCAUUGCGAAUGGGGAACUACGAGCUGGUUAACCUGCUGCUCCGCCAUGGAGCUAAUGUGAACUAUGUGUGCAGAGUCAAUCCCCUCCACUUUCCUUCAGCCCUACAGUAUGCUCUCAAGGAUGAGGUCAUUCUAAGGAUGUUGUUGAACUAUGGAUAUGACGUACUCAAAUGUUUUGAGUGCCCUUACGGGAAUAAAGUGCACUAUAUAUAUGGGUAUGAAGGAUGGACUCCUGCUGUCAUCAAGGAUACAAUGUUCUGCGAGGUCAUAACCCUUACUUGGCUCCGGCACCUCUCUGGUAAUGUGGUCCGAGUCAUGUUAGACUAUGUUGACCAUGUGGAGUUUUGCUGUAAAUUGAAAGAUACUCUUAUGAAGCAGAAGCUCUGGCCUGAGAUUCCACCACAUAACAACGAAUCCACGCUCACUGAAACAUCUGUGCCGCGUGAAGAUUAGAAAAAUGUAUGGGUCGACUUCACCUGCGCUGUCCUGUUUUUAUGUCAUUCCUUCCUCUACCAAAUCCCUUGAAGGACUACAUCUUGUGCAAAGAAUAUGACCUGUUUGGACAAGGGAAUCUUGCACGGAACUGGUGA